UAAUGUUUUUGAACUUAGAACUUCAUUCUUCUUCACAAAGAGAAGACCAAUGGAGAGCAAUAACAUACAAGAGAGUCUGCUAAGCUCAAAAGCAGAACAAGAAAAAGGCGAUUUAAAGGGAAGAAUUUUCGAAGAGUCGAAGAAAAUAUGGAGAGUUGCAACUCCGAGUGUGAUUUCUCGAGUUUCUUCAUUCGGAACUAUUGUCAUUACACAGUCGUUUAUCGGACACAUAAGUUCGGUUGAUCUUGCCGGUUAUGCCCUUGUCCAAUCGUUGAGUGUCCGAUUUGUCAAUGGCAUAUUGCUUGGAAUGUCGAGCGCAACCGAAACUCUCUGCGGACAGGCAUUCGGCGCCAAACAGCACCACAUGAUGGGAAUAUACCUCCAAAGAUCCUGGCUUAUCGAUCUAAUCACACUAACGCUCCUACUCCCCGUUUUCAUAUUUACCACGCAAAUAUUCAACCUACUCGGCGAAGAAGAAGAGAUCGCGAACUCCGCCGGUUACAUCUCCCUAUGGUUCAUUCCCUUUGUGUACGGCCUUAUUUUCAGCCUCACGAUACAAAUGUACUUACAAGCGCAGCAGAAGAACAUGAUCAUUGCAUGGCUGUCGGCCAUGCAAUUCGUUAUCCAUGUCGUUCUAUCGUGGCUCUUUGUGAACGUGCUCGAUUAUGGAGUCUCGGGUGCAAUGGGGGCGUUGUGCAUAUCUUCUUGGUUUCUUGUUUUGGGCGAGUUCGCGUUUAUUCUUGGCGGUUGGUGCUCGGAUACUUGGAAAGGGUUUAGCGUGGCGGCUUUGAAGGAUUUAUUGCCGUUGGUCAAACUUUCAGUUUCGUCCGGUGUGAUGAUUUGCUUGGAAUUGUGGUACUAUGCAAUUUUGGUGUUGCUAGCUGGAUACAUGAAAAAUGCAAGGGUUUCAAUAGAUGCCUUCUCUAUUUGCAUUAAUAUCACAGGUUGGAUAUUCAUGAUCAUCCUCGGCAUCAUGGGUGCUGCAUGCGUGAGGGUGGCGAACGAGCUAGGGAGAGGAGAUGUGAAAGCUGUGAAAUUUUCGAUAAAAGUGCUGAUGAGCACUACAGCUAUAAUAGGUGUUUUCUUCUGGAUUCUUUGCUCUGUAUUUAGCAAAAAACUCGGCUACUUAUUCACGAGCGAAGAGGAAGUCGCACAAACCGUUUCCGAUCUUGCUCUUCUGCUCGGGAUUACGGUUUUGCUCGGUAGCAUCUACCCUGUGCUCUCAGGUGUGGCUGUAGGAGCAGGUCUGCAAAGUAAGGUGGCAAUAGUGAAUUUAAUUUGCUACUAUGCAAUUGGAGUGCCAAUUGGUGUUGUGCUUGGAUAUGUGUUUAAUCUUCAAGUUCAGGGUAUAUGGCUGGGAUUGACCAGUGGAGUUGUAACUCAGACACUUGCUCUUUGCUUCAUGAUAUGGAGAACAAAUUGGGAUGGAGAGGUAUCGAAAACUUCAGCGCGUCUCCAGAGGUGGAACAUGAAAUCUUCAGAUGGGAAUAAGCAGAGUUCUGAUAAUCAGCUAGCAUGAUCACCAUGUUUAUAUAUAACCAAAAAAAAAAAAAAGAAAAAAAAAUUCUACGAUCGAAAUGAAAUUAUUCUUGUCACAGAUCAUUUUAUUACAAGUUACAACUAUGUCUUGUAGUAUUUUGUGCAUGGCGAGUAUCCGUCGUUCUGCAGAGGGUGCGUGAAUUUUUCGUAGUUCUUUAGGGUUGCAUUUGACUAUGUGAUUCCCUGUUUUUCCUGCAUGUAUGGUAAAUAAUAUGGAAAUGCAUCAUUCUCAGAGUGUAAAUAAACAAUUAUCACUACCUUUUUUUUUUU